CUGAAAGUGAAUUUCUAAUUGUCUCAAGCAGCUAUUUACUACUGCUAUUUUGCAUAUAAAACAAAUGGUGCUUGUGUUAGCUAUUGGAGACCUGCAUAUUCCUUACAGAACUCAUGGCUUGCCUGAGAAAUUUAGAAAACUCUUGGUCCCUGGCAAGAUCCAAAGAAUAUUAUGUACAGGAAACCUAGUGGAUAAAGAGACCCAUCAGUACUUGAGAACGAUAGCUGGUGAUUUAACCACAGUCAAGGGCGAGUUUGACGAUGUUGAUUUGCCACAGACAAAGGUGAUUCAAGAAGGUGAAUUCCGUAUUGGUAUCAUUCACGGGCACCAGGUAAUACCUCGAGGUGAUAUCGAAGCUCUGAAUAUUAUAGCAAGACAGUUGGAAGUAGAUGUGUUGUUGAGUGGUUAUACGCAUAAAUUUGAAGCCUAUGAAUUUGACGGUCGAUUCUUUAUUAAUCCUGGAAGUGCUACAGGUGCAUAUUCUGCUAUACCCGAUACAAGUGAUCCCAUUCCUUCGUUUGUAUUGAUGGAUAUCCAAGGAAACAACAUCGUCACCUAUGUUUAUAAACUGGUUGAUAAUGAAGUCAAGGUGGAAAAGAUUGAAUAUAAAAAGAGUAUUCAAGAUACAAAGGUGCUUUGAUAAAUAACAUGUCUUUUGUUCCUUUUUUCUCCUUUUGAACUAGCCAAUUAUUAUAA